CUUUUUUCCCCGGAUCACGAUGACAGAGAAGCAGUUGGUAUGCAGAAAGCACAUAAAUGAUGGACGGUCACUCCGUGCUUGUUUGUGUUUGUUUCAUCAGGUUGACGCCAUCGAGGAGGUGACUGACGUGAGCCUGGAGAUAGGCGGCCGCGAGGCCACCAACCUGCAGAGGGACGUCUGUGACUUAAUCAAGGACGUACCCAAUGGACCAAAGGUACACACACACACAGUGAGGAACGAUGGUGUGUGACUCAUUCAUCUCGUUCCACCUCCCUCGUGGCCUCUCCCCCCUCCCCCCCCGAAACGAUGUGUGCAGAUUGCCGUGCAGCACCUCAGAAAGAAAGUGACGGUGAGGGAAAGAGAAGCGAGCAAUGAGUCUCAAGCACAGACACAGCUGUUCCUGAUGUGUCCGUUUGUGUCGCUUCGAUUGGUGUGUUGCCUGUCCGCGUUCGUCUGUCUAUCUGCAGGCCCAGAAUGCGAAGAUCCAGCUGUUGGGUCUGCAGACGCUUGAGCAGGCCAUGAGGGAGUGCACACUGCCCUUCCACCAAAAGGUGGCGGAGAAGGACUUCCUCGGCGCACUUGGUAUGAAUGCACCGACCGACACACCGAAAAGAACCACAAAGGAAAGUGCUUGCGUGUCAUCAUCGCUCAGUUCGCGUCCUCCAGCGGCCCAAUCUCGACAGCAGAGUCCGAGACAAGGUCGGCACGAGAGAUUGCGGCCACCCACAGACGCCUGGUGUCUUUUCCACUGCUCUGCUGUAUUGAUAUGUCCCUGCAGAUACUCCGUAUGGUGUCAUCGUGGGCCAACGAGUUUGCGAGCGAGGCCGACCUGCUGCCGGGCUUCCAGCACGUCUUCAAGCACCUGCAGGACAAAGGUGCAUUUGCGAAGAGAAAGCAGCGCGUCCGACCCACCAAGGCACCUCUCGUGGCUGUGUGUUAGGUUUCCACAUGCCUGGCGGCCCACGGAUGCCCGCCGAGACCGACGCAACGGCAUACAAACGAGGGGUGAGACGAGGACCACGACACCGUCUCCACCUCGCGCACCCAGAUGCUUUUGUCGAUGUGCGUCACUCAAUCUAGGUUGACCGUGACCUGAAGGGUCAGCUGGCGACCUUCAGAGAAGCCACCAUCCUCUUCAAUGUAAGCACAUGGCUGGUAGGGAGGCGAUCGAGAGGAGAAAGGCGUAUGGUGUGGUUGCUUGUGUAUGUGAUGACGUCACCUAUGUCGCAGGAGAUGCUUAGCAGCUGCAAGCAGAACGACAACCUGGCCAGAAACGAUGUAGGCCAUAAUGACAUACACACACAGGCCGCCAGAGGUGACAUAGCCAUUUGGCUGCACCUCUUGCUGCGUGUGUGUGUGUUUCAGGCCCUGCAGACCCUGCUCAUAACUCUCAAGCAAGCCGCCCAUACGCUGCAGACGUACGCACAGACACACACACGAUGGCUUGUCGGAUGUCAUUGCCCUUUCCCUUCUCGAUUAUAUGUGCAGUGAGAUCGAGCGCGAGUCGUCCGGCGAUGCCCUCAACGAGUGCAUCGAAGUCAACGAUAUCGUACAGGCGGUCAGUGUCAGCAACCAACAAAAGGAACCAAGGAGGCCAUCAGGUGCCUGUGGGUCUGUCUGGUUGCUGCAGGCGCUUCGUCAGUACCAAGACCAGCUGCGUGGCGCCCCGCCCCUCCGCCCACCAGCUGCAGGUGGUCGCUCGGCCCCUCCUGCGUCGGGCACCAGUGCCGUCAAGAGCGGCAGAGUCGUCGACCACCGCAGGUCGGUGGGCAUCCCCCCAACACCCACCAACACUCACCAAAACAGCGGAGCGGACAAUACCAUGACGACCGGUCGUCUGUGUGUGUCUAGGGACGAGUCUGAUGAGGACGAGGAGGAGGAGGAUGAAGACGAGGAUGAGGAAGAGGAGGAGAGCGAGUCAGAGGACGACGAACGGCAGCGGCCGCAGCAGGGCAGGGCCAGGCAGACGCAACAACAACAACAUCAGCAGCAGCAGCGGCAGGCACCUGCUGCUGGACAGCACCCACAGGGGCGAAUGAUGGUGAGGACACAAUGCAGACGAGGAGAGAGGUGCGAAUGCCUCCACGUGUGUGUCUUUCGCUGCCGUGUGGUUCUUGCAGCCUGGGGCUGCUCCUCAGCGCCCAGCGGCGAUGCACCACCAGCAGCAGCAGCAGUAUCCCUCGCACCCCCAGGCGAUGCGGCCCACCCACACCCAGGGCACCACCCCGCCCAUGCAGGCGACAUACGCCACAGCAGCAGCAGCGUCAUCCACAUACCCCUCUCAAACACAGCCACAGCCCGGGCGCCCCACACAGUCUCUGCAGCAGCACCAGCAGCAGCCGUCAUACCCCAACUACCCACAGCAGGCCACCAGCGCCUACCACCAGCAGCAGCAGCAGAUGCGCCCGCAGCAGCAGCAGAUGGGUGGUGGUAGUGGCGCUGUGAAUCCGUUUGGUGGGUCUGUAUCGGCUUCUCAGCCACAGGGCUAUGGUGGUCAGCAGGGGGUGGGUGGGGGGUAUGGCGUGGCGGGCAGGGCCGGCAAUGUGAUGGCCACUGCUGGGGGGCAGCAGCAAGCCGCUGGUUUGCAACAGGGCAUACCGGUAGGUAUAUGAGUGAUUUAGAGUGAGAGAGAGAAAGACUUGGAACCGACACGCACGGCAUCCUACUGAGUCGCUCUGUGUGUGUGUGUGUGUGUGUAUGUGUGCAGGGAUACAGUGUGAUGGGUGGCGGUCAAGGCGGCUAUGGCUCAGUGCAGCAGGGCAUUCAGGGUCUGCCCAUGCAGGGAAUCCAGGGCUUCCCGGCCGCCAGUGCUGGCGCCGGCCGCCAGCAGGGCGCCUACCCCAACCAGUACGGCUACCAGCAACAACAACAGCAGCAGCAGCAGCAGCAGUACACCCAGAUGCAGCAGAUGCAGCAGAGGAGGCGGCAGCCGGGGGAGAGGGACGAUCUGUCGGACCUGCUUGCCUGAUUUUUGGUGGCCACUGCGCUUGUGGGCUCCUGUGCGUUGUGCGUUUUUCUCCACUGCAUGUGGUUGCGUAGUGUAGCAUACCUACGUGGGGCAGAUUUUCAUGAUAACGAGAACGACGGGGACGCCCCGUACACAGUGAGGUUGGUUGCAGAGAGAGAGAGAUGUGCGCGCGUGUGUGUGCAAGGGACAGAGAGAAAUGGAUCGGUAUGAAUUGGUUGGUGU